CCUGUCGAAUAGAGCAGACCUCAGACAUGGUGUAGGAUAUCAGGAAAGGAACAAGCGAUUGAAGUUGAGACAAGGCCUGUGUUGAGGCUGGAGGGGAGUGUAAAGGAUCGACAGUAACCGUGGAUCGGGCACAGGCAGGCGGAGGCCCCCCAUGGAGAAGGAGCAGGGCAGCGUGGCCUCCAGUGCCAGUGACACCACCCCUAGCACCACCUCAGCCUCCACCAGCAGCAACACUACAACAAACUCCUCCAGCAGACAGCAGGCUAUGCCUCAGAUAUCAGUCUAUGGAGGAAUCACAGACAGACAGACCGUUCAGGUCAUCCAGCAGGCCUUGAACAGGCAGCCCAGCACAGCGGCAGCUCAGUAUCUACAGCAGAUGUAUGCAGCUCAACAACAACACCUCAUGCUACAGACUGCAGCACUACAGCAACAGCACCUGAGCCUGGCUGCUGUGCAGCAGGCUAGUAUAGUGGCAGGAAGACAAAGCUGUAAUCAGAAUGGCACUACAUCCCAGCAGACUGUGGCCUCCCAAACCACUAUAAACCUUGCCACAUCCCCUGCGGCAGCUCAUUUGAUCAGUCGAGCCCAGAGCGGGAGCUCCAUUCCAGUCUGCAUUUCCCAACAGGCCGUGCUGCUGGGAAACUCCUCCACACCCACACUCACCGCCAGCCAAGCACAGAUGUAUUUACGAGCUCAGAUGGCACAGCAAACCAAUCUUGUGCAAGUAGCAAGGAGCCUAGGCCGAGCUGUUCCUUUGUCCCCUCAGCUAAUUUUCACCCCAACUGCCUCAAUCACUGCAGUUCAGCCGGAGACCUCUGCAUUGUCAAUCAACACGCCACCCACCAGCGGACAGAUACAAAACUUGGCUCUUCGUGGCCAGCAGGGUGCGCUGACUUCCUCCCUCUCUCAGUCUCAGUUACAGAGCCUGAGUGUGAAACAGUCCCCCGGGUUAUCAGCACAUCAGCACACUGCUGCAAAGGGCAGUCCUGCAGAAAUGUCCUCAGAUACUGUGGGAAAAAAUGACAAAACCAGUGACCUCACAACAAGGGAACUUAACGUGUGUCCCAAUGUGACCUCGGUGGCGAGCCAUCCUCUCAUCAGCACAGCAUAUACCCAAAUUCAGACCCAUCAGCUGCUCCAGCAGCACAAGCAGCAGUUUGUGAUACAGCAGCCUCAGAUACUGCAGAGAGGUCAAACGCAGCUCUUGGAGGCCACCACCAUUCAUCCUCACACAGUGCAAGCUGUAGCCAUUCAGCCUGCCCUGCCAGCUCAGCCUCAGCAGUGCCCUAUUCCUCUGGUACCCAAAGUGCCUGUUACCUGCCACCAAGCUUCCAUCUUCCAUUCUACUAUUGUGAGUCAGCAGGCACUUGCCCAGAAUGGACAGCCACCCAUGAGCCAGAGCAAAGCAGCACCUCUACAGCUUACUGCAGUUAAUGUCCAGAUCCAGCCAGUUCAAACUCAACUGGGAGUAGCCACACAGGAUGUGUCCGAUAAGGACACCCCUGUUCCUCUUGAACCGCAGAUGCUAUCCAUACCAAUUCAUGUGCCAACCCAGACAGAACAAUGCGAGUCGAUCAAACAAUCUCAACAAAGUCAAGUGACAGAAAACACAGAAGCAGGCAGAUUGAAUGUGAAGGCAGGUGUGGGCUCACCUCCAGCCAUGACCUCGGGCAGUGGCAACAAUGCGCCCACGGUGACCGGCAGCGCUCCGCAAAAUGGCGAGAGUAAACCGCCGCCACAGGCGGUAGUGAAGCCCCAGAUCCUCACGCAUGUCAUCGAGGGAUUCGUGAUUCAGGAGGGAGCUGAGCCUUUUCCCGUUGAACGUCCAUCCUUGUUGAUUGAGAAUUUAAAGAAGCAGAAGCAGCAUCAGGCUUAUUCAGACCUAGAGAAGCAGUCUCAGACCUUUCAAAACACAGACUCUGAGAUGGACGAUCUUUCACCGCAAGAGCUGAAUAAUCAGAAUGCUGAGCCAAUGCUGUCAUGUGAAUUCUGUGGGAAUGUAGACUUUGCAUAUAACUUCAAGAGAUCCAAGAGGUUUUGUUCUACGGUGUGUGCAAAGAGGUAUAAUGUUGGGUGCACAAAGCGAAUGGGACUUUUCCCAAGAAAAUCAACCACGGAGAACCCAAAGAAACAGAAAGCCUCCAACGCCUAUCAUCAUAACAGCAGCAUGGAUGUCAGGAAACGGAAUCCAAGCGCUCAAACAACCAUGGGAGCAUCUUUGUUAUCCCCACCCCCCUCUCAUCCAAGUCACGGUGAGUCCAGCCAGUGCUCAGACAUGUCCAGCUUCGAAGAGCCCAUUUCGCCACUGUCCAACUCCAGCUUUGGAGCCCAAAGGCUUCAGAACGAGGAAAGGUUCGAUCACAGUAGAGCGCUCCCUCUCCUGACGCAGCACUUCCUGGCCAGCGACCCGACCAAGUGGAAUGUCGAGGACGUCUAUGAAUUUAUCUGGUCUCUGCCAGGCUGCCAGGAGAUCGCCGAAGAGUUUCGCUCUCAGGAGAUCGACGGCCAGGCCUUGAUGCUCCUCAAAGAGGAUCAUCUCAUGAGCACCAUGAACAUCAAACUGGGCCCAGCACUGAAAAUCUUUGCCCGCAUCAGUAUGCUUAAGGACUCGUAGCCUUUCCCACAGCCUUAUCUAGCUUGGAAAGGACACCUUAACAUCUCUGCACUGGUUUCCUCAUCCCAUUGUGGGUCCUGGGGAUUGCUGCUCCUCAAAACCACAAACUUGUGUAUAGUUCUCAUCACAGUCAAAUGGUUUCAUCCCUAAAGCAUGAUGAUGUGACUUGAUUAAGAAUUUCUCAUGUAUUCAGCUGUGCCAGGCCUGGGAGGGGGCGACAAUCCAUCAUGUCAGGAAGACAAGCACAAGUACUUUACCAUUUGUGCAAACAAAUGUUCAACAUAAGGUAGCAUGGAAACAGGUUUACAGUUUCUUUACUGUUUUAAACUGGACUUUGUGAUUUAUCUGUCGUAGUUCUGGUUCUCAUUGUCACAGCAACAUGUGAUGUUUGGUUAGCUAAGGAAAAUGUUGUACCUUUAGCCUUGCAGUGUGCCAUCAUUUGUAGGUAGUAAACUGCUCAGGAUUCUUCAUCUCACAGGAUGUUCCUCAAUUCACAUGCAAUUAUUACAUCAGAUUUUGUAGUCAAAUGUGGCAUUUUUGACAUGGGGAUAACGGGAAAUAAAACUUUGACUCUCUUUGAACUUUGAA